AUGUAUGAGUCCUUGAUUAUCCCGUGGGCACAAGAACCAAAUGAAGCCGAACGACAAUACCGCGAUUCUGGGCUGGUGAAAACCAAAGGCACAUUGUUCCUACUUCCUCCUUCAACCGAUGUUUUGCGCGAAACGUUCAAUGCUCCUCCUCGCCCCAAAACGCGCAUGUCGUCGGGCGCAGUUGCUCUUUGCAAACAUUUCGAGCGUGGCGGUGCAUCUUCUGAGCAUGGCCGACAUCAUCCUUUCUGGACUCUGCCCACUGGGAGCAAUGAAAAUAAAACAAACAUUGCUGGUCAAAUCUUGGAAUCCAUGUUAGCGCAUGCGGUGUGGAAAAAUGUCAUGCUUCUGCACCAUGGAGUGGCUGUCUAUGAGAUCAGAAAUGACCUAGGAUUCGGUAUGAGGUGGACCUUGGAUCUCGAGGAGAAGCCAGCUGCUGUGGAACUCGGUGACGAAAAUGUCGAUCCAGCAGAAAACCAGGACGACUUGGACAAAAGUUGGGCUAUUUAUAAGACGACCUUUCGCGGGUUUCUAGAGCCUAUCGCCGGGAUGGAUCAUGAACUGCCCAGGCACGAACCCGGCAACAUUCAGAGUACGCUUUGA